CGGCAAGGAAAAUACUCAUAUGUAUUAAUUAUUUUAAUAAGUAACAGUAAACAACAACAAAAUCUUUAUAUAUUUUAUACCGACUGCAUCUUUUGUUAAUAUAUCUUUUUAUGUUUGUUUUUUUAUAUGAAGAGUGAUUAUCUCUCUUACGGCAUUGGGAUCAUGUCAUCCACGGAUCUGAAACCGGAAUCCAAACCUGAAAAUAACCAAGUCUCGUCGAAGCCGAAGCCAGUGAGAGGUCGAUAUCAUGUGUUCAUGAAAGAAGGUGGUUGCGAAGAAUCAUAUACCGCUUUUGUAGGUCGUGAUGUGCAGAAAGAUACGUGUAGGGAAGCCUAUUCGAUGGUGGAAAAGUGUAUGAAGGCUCGCUCUGAUUACUUUGAGCGAUUUCUCGCGUUGCAGAACGCUAGGGCUGAAGUGAUGCAGAGAGAAAUCGAUGCCUUCCUCCAUGCGAAACCAAAGGACAGAGACGAGAUGUUUACCAAGUUCAUGACAAGAGGUGCUUGCAAAGAAGCAUUUAUGGCUUGGAUUGACUUCUGCAAAGAAUCUAGGAAGAACAAUAAAAGUUGUCGUCAUAAUCCUGCCAUGGACACCAUGCUCAAGUGUGUGAAGGCUCACUCUGAUUACUAUCAUCCGCUUCUCACGGUAUUCAAAGCUGGUGAAGAACAUCAUAAAAAGGAGAUCGACGCCUUGAAUAUGAGAGAGCAAACUGAAGCUGAUGCUAAGGGAUGAUUAGAAAAAGGAUUUAAUCUACGUCAUAUUUUAAUGCUUUAUUUUUUUUUGUUUACGUUUCGUUCUGAAUGAAUAUUCUUCUUCCUUUUUAAUAUGAUUCUAAAAGGCCAUGCAUUACUUUGUUGAAUGUUUCAGUCUUAGUCUUUAUUAUUAUUAUCUUUUGUGGUGGCAAAGCAACAUAAACAACAUAUCAUUUAAAAAAC